GCCGCAUCUGUCGUGUGUGCGGUGGACAAUUCGAUGGCGACGGAUUUGCGCACGUUUGCGUCCAUCGUAUGCCGUGACUGCUUGUACUUGGAGUUCCCGGGAUGUGACUCCCAUCAGCUCCUGUACACCGAGUCCGUCCUCGAAGGCACGACGACCCAUGCCAAGUGCCCCAAGUGCUCGGCCGCGACGAACAACCAACGACCUUUCCGUGAAGGCUGCCGUCGAUGCAAAGGCAAUACGUUCAUUCGUAUGUGGAAUUGCAGCCCCAAGGAGAUUAAGCAGGCCUUCCGGUACUUUCCAUCCCGCAUCGAAGAGAUCGACCACACAGUCGUUCAAUGCGACGAAAAGUGCUGCGCCAGCGUCGUCUUCCCAAGUUCCCGCGAAGUCCUCACCACCCGCACGGCGGCCAGCGCCCUCGUCACGAGCAGCCACCGCCAGCUCAAACUGUCCAACUUCCAACUGAGCAUGCCUCAUGUCCCGGGGUGCCCCCGCCAUGGCAUGCCGCUCCACGCCGUGGCCGUGCGAUUACCCAAGAGCGAGCUCAAGUUUGUGCUCGAACGCAUCGACCAAUGUCCUGUCCCCCCUGUCAUCUCCAUGGGGCCCGUGUACCGGAAGCGCCAACUCGCGCCCUCCCAAGCCACCAACCAACUGCACCAGAUCUACCUCCGCUUGCUCUCGACCAUCGUCACCACGUUCGACAGCCACAGCUUGAAAGCGUUGGAACCGCUCAAGCGAAUUGCGCUCUUGUUUGAAAAAUCAGACGCCUUGCGCAUGUUCCAAGACUGGGCGCCACCUCAAGCGCCCCCUGUGACCCACGUUGUUCCGUCGUCGGCCGUCGCGACGUCGCAUGCCGACGACCAGCACAAUGCGACACAGCUGCUGGACACUGGCUCGAGCUCGUUCUGGCAGUCUGCCGCCAGUUCGUCGUCGACCGACACACACGUGACCCUCGGCUUCGACCCCCCCACGACCGUCCACGCCGUUUCCAUCGCAUGGCAUCCGACCCAUCGCUGCCGCGACUACGCCAUCCAAGUAUCGACGGAUGGCGGCAAGACAUUUAACGACAUUCAACUCACCCGCGCACACAAGUCACAAGAACAUGCGGGGAACGAGCCCCAUGAUCAUCGACUUCACCUCGUGUCGCCCGUGGUGGCAGUGUCCCAUGUCAAGAUCUCGAUGGCACGUCCACAGAUUCAUGCCGAAGACGACCGUGUACAUUUUGGCAUCUACCACGUGCACGUGUAUCCGUCGACAGUCGAGUGUGUGUACACACCGCCGAGCCAGCUGCUGCAGGACCUCGUGGCGUGGGUGUCGUCGGCAGCCACCCAUUCCCCGCACGCGGCCAUCCGGGACCUGGCGCUGUCGAUCCUCCAGACGCUGGCGCUGGCGUCGGGGUCGCUCUGCGCGCUGCUGCGCGUGGUGCAGUGUCUGCUGCAGUCGGGGGAUACGACGCCCUUGUGUCCGAUCCAGACGGCGUCGUUUUUGACCGACCUGGCCACGUGCGUCCACAAAGUGAUGGCUCACUCGAGCGCCGACGAAAACGAAGCCAAGUGCAUGGAGAAGCGCCUCAUCAUCCAGCAAAUGUCGCUCAACCUACACGACCAAGUCACGCGCCGCACGAUUCAAAUCUUGCAAAAUAUCCCUGGCCUAGAAGUGUACACGUCCCCGGACGUGGCCGCGAUCCCCGGCCUCGAAGUGUACCCGUCGAGUGGCAUCAGUUUGGACCACGCGGCGGCGGACCGACUCGACUCGCGUGUGUCCCCUCAAACGACGUCGCUCGACGAAGAGGCCACCACCGGCGGCACGCCGUACCCCGUUUUGGUGCUGCUGCUUUGCCAGCAGCCGUCGUUUGUCCAGUGCAUUCAGUCUCGCGCGCAGUUGGCGAUGGUGAUUUUGAGCGUGUUGAGUGAGUUGAGUGUGUGGCAGAUGCAGCGGAUGCAACGCCCCGAAGAGUUUGUCGGCCGCCGCCAAGAAGACGAGCUGAGUCGACUGGAAGAUCCGUUUUCGAUUCAAGUCAGCUCCGAGCUCUUUGAGCUGGGGUACACAUUGCUCACGGAUCUGCUCGCGCCGUGGCUCAAUCCGUCGCAGCCCACCCACCUGCACGACGCGCUUGCCGCCGCGGCCACGCAGCUCACGCAGUCGCUGGCCCAGACUAGUCCCCCAGCCUUCAUCCUCCAUGCUUCUGCCGACACUCGCCCCAACGCAAGCCAACCUAGUAUGGUGGAGCAUCGGUUUACACCAAAUGCCAUGGGCCUCGCCGUGUUGCAGAUUGUCACGUCCAACGUUCGCCGCCUCGUGCUAAGUCAUGUGGACCCUGCUGAAGUGGGGCUUCAGGACGGCCAGGACCAGCUCAUUCAGGCGCUGGAGCAUCUGAUUCCGCUGGGUACGAAGCGGACGGACCCGCUGUUUUCACUGUCGCUGCAGGCCGCCGCGGCCAUCGAAGUGGGCAUGGAGGCAUUCUACCCGUCGUCCCAGCAACGCACGGAUAUGCUCACAACACGGAUGGGCCAUGGCGCGACGCUCGAGUUUCAGCUGCGGUGGCCAGUCCAAGAACGUGAGCAAGAAGACCCGCGCUACGAACGGCUGAUUUUGGUGUUGCAGCUGGCGUGCAUCAAAGAGGGGUUUGAGCAUGCGUUGCGGGGCACGUGGGGCGUAUGUUUGCACUUGGUCGUGGGCCUCCCAUCGACCCAAUCGACGGCCGACGUGCUGACGCAAUGCAUCGCUGAGAGCAUCCAGCAGGCGGGGUUUGCCGGGUGGAAGGUGGCCGCGGGCGCGCAGGAGGUUUCCAUCACGCUGCAGCGCCAUUUGCAUUGGAACCGCGUGGAAAAGUUGGGUCACGACUCGGGCUCGGGAUGGAUCCGCGUCUACCCCCAAGCCGUGGCGACCUACGACGACGUGCUGGUUGAAGUGAACGCGUUCGUGGGCCAGCAUGCAAGCGGGGCCAUGUAAUGACAAGGAUUUGUUUUGAUGCUAUUGUGAAUUCGCUAUAAACGUCCAAAAUUCGCGAAUCAAUAUUGAAUCAAGCUGGCGUUCUGAUUGGUUGAAUAUACUUGUGUCCUUUCGAGCCAAUCAAAU